AUGCUAACACAGAGGAGGGGGGAGUACCCUCCUUUCUCAAUAGAUAAGAUGCUUUGUUGGAAUGUCCGAGGGGCCAACAAUCAGCAGAAACAGUACUUAAUAAAGCAAUUUAUUGAUGUACAGAAAGUUGAUUUUGUUGGGCUCCUCGAGACAAGAGUAAAGGCUUCAAAGCUUGGAGCCUUGUACUCAAAUGUUUUUGAAGGUUGGUGUUUUUCAUCUAAUAUUGUUUGGCAUCCGUGGGGGAAGAUUGUGAUUGCUUGGAAUCCUCCAAGGUUUGCUGUUGAUAUUAUUAGAUUCACAAGUCAAAUUAUGCAUCUAAAAGUGUCAACAAUAGAUGGAUUGUUUUCAAGCUUCAUAACAGUGAUUUAUGCUUCAAAUAAUAGAAAUGAGAGGGGUUUACUUUGGAAGAGUUUAGAGGAAGUAAAUACAAGUGAGAAUUGGUGUCUCAUGGAAGAUUUUAAUGACAUAUCAGCUAAAGAAGAGAGGAUUGGGAAUAAGGUGAAGUACUAUCCAGAUUCGGCUUUCUUGAAUUGUGUAACUCAUUGUCAAUUGGAAGACAUUAAGACUAGUGGGAACUACUUCACUUGGUCUAACAAGCAACAUGGGGAUGAUAGAAUUUUUUCCAAGAUUGAUAGGAUGUUGGCCAACCAAUCUUGGUUAAACAAGUAUGAUCAUGCUGAGGUAGUUUACAUGAAUGAAGGACUUUUUGAUCACUCUCUGGGUGUUCUUUCACUCCAUCCUAUUAGUGCCUCGGGUAGAAAGCCUUUUAAAUAUUUUCGAAUAUGGAAAUCCCAUUCAGGAUAUGAUGGCUGUCGUAAGGAUUGUUGGAAGAAAAAAAUUCUGGGAUCUCUUAUGUUUCAAGUGGUUACAAAGAUCAAGCAUUUCAAGGCUAGUUUGAAGGAAAUUAAUAAGGAGGGCUUUAACAACCUGCAACAUACGGUUAUGAUGCUGAAGCAGGAAGUGGAUGACUGGCAAUCGAAAGUUCACCAGCAGCCAUUGAACACAGAAUUUACUGGAAAAGAAAAAGAGGCUCAGGAUAAACUGGUUGUGGCUCAGAAAAAUUAUUCAUCCUUCCUCCAACAAAAAGCUAAAAUUGCUUGGUUACAAGAUGGGGAUUGGAACACUGCUUUCUUUCAGUCGAGUAUCAAGCAGAGAAUAAGAGCUAAUCGAAUUCUGUCUAUUGAACAAAGGGACAGGAGCAGAACUCAUGAGCCUAACCAAAUAACAACAGCCUUCCUUGAGUACUACAAGGAGCUGCUUGCCACUAAGAUUGACAAUAGAAGGAAGAUUAAUACAAGAGUGCUUUCUAUUUGCCCUUAUUUAUCUGCUGAACAUAAAGAGAUGCUGAGUAAAGAAUUUACUAAAGAUGAUGUGAAGGCAGCUAUUUUUCAGCAUUGCUGGGGCAAAAUCUCCUUGUCCAAAUGGAUUCUCGAGCUAUUUUUUCCAGGAUAA